UUGAGGACAGAGUGGGAAAAGGAACAAGUAGAGUUAGAGGCAGGACAAAAUAAGUUAUAUAGACCGCUUAUAUACAUAUAUUUUAAUGUUUUAGAAAAUCGCGGUGGCGGGGGGAGAAACAAUAGUGGUGAGAGUGGAUGGACUUAACAGUGUAGUUAGUAAUGGAGUCCCCUUUGAGCAAGAGGAAUCCAGCGAUAAGAUUAGCGGAUUUGGCAGCGACUCAACCUCUUCCUCAUCAGAAUAUGACAGGCUUCCCGGGGCUAGGGGGGCAUCACCCUCACUCCCACCAUGCUCACCACCACCCUGGAGAGAUGGGCAACGACCCCGGAGUGGCACUCACUCCAUUUGGACCCGAGCACAUGGCACAGACAAAUGCUCUCAAACUUAGCCCCUCUCAGCAUAUUCAGAGCUAUCCUGAAGCCCAGACCGUCGCAGUGGCAGCAGCAUCCUUCACUUCUACUCAGACCACAGUUGGUUACCCCGUGGCUCCUCACCCAGGCUACUCUAACAGCAGGGACUACAUCCUCAGGAGAGAACUCUCAGCUUCGGCUAUGCAUGCACUUGGCGACCAGCAUAGUUCAGCCUCCUCCCCUCAUCACCAUGGCAUGUUCAUCUCCCCAACAGGUGCUUAUGGGCAUGCCGAGACUUGUGCCCUUCCACUUUUCUCUGGACUCCACGACCAGGCAGCACCAAGUGCCCACCACCACCACCAUCACCAUGCCCUCAACGGGCAGAUGCGUUUGGGUCUACCGGGGGACAUCUACGGCAGGCCAGAGCACUUCGUCCACAGGCCCGAGCAUUAUGGACCUUCUUCCCUCCACAGCUACAACUCCAUGAACCUCAAUGUGAACAUCGCUUCUGCUCCUCACGGAGCCGCGGGGGCGUUUUUGAGAUACAUGAGGCAGCCCAUCAAGCAAGAGUUAAUCUGCAAAUGGAUUGAUCAAGAGCAAACUUCAAAGAAGCCCUGCUCCAAAACUUACAGCACCAUGCAUGAGUUGGUCAACCAUGUCACCGUGGAGCACGUCGGGGGACCAGAGCAGAGCAGUCACGUCUGCUUCUGGGAGGAAUGUCCACGCGAGGGGAAAGCUUUUAAGGCGAAGUACAAACUAAUAAACCACAUCCGAGUUCACACGGGAGAGAAACCCUUCCCUUGUCCUUUCCCCGGCUGUGGAAAAGUGUUCGCUCGCUCUGAGAAUCUAAAGAUUCAUAAAAGGACACACACAGGAGAGAAGCCUUUCAAGUGCGAGUUUGACGGCUGCGACAGGAAAUUCGCCAACAGCAGUGACCGGAAGAAGCACUCCCACGUCCACACGAGUGACAAGCCUUACUACUGCAAAGUCCGAGGCUGUGACAAGUCCUACACGCACCCCAGCUCGCUGCGAAAGCACAUGAAAGUCCAUUGCAAGUCGCCCCCGCCCACUUCCGCCAACGCUUCGUACCAUUCCUCUACAAACCUUCUCAGCGCGCCCCUUUCUCCCGCCUCCGAACCGCACAGGAACCGGUCAGCAAAUCUCUCGCCUCAGGUUACCAACCUUAAUGAGUGGUACGUGUGCCAGGGGAGCGGGGGACCCAACCAUCUCCACACCCCAUCCAGCAAUGUGCCAACGACGGACUCGGAAGAGGAGGACACUUUCAGAAAUUCAGACCCAAGGACAAUGCUCUAAUGUUUACAAACAGAAGAAGAAAAAUAAUUGCCCAAAUUGUCUCUCAAAUGUGUAUAUGUGUAGUAGCCUAACGCUUCGAACACACCGACAGUGUUUGAGCGCAAAAUAAGACGCAGCAUCAUCUGGAUAUGUAUGCAACAACAGUUCAACAUUCACCUUCUGCUACCAUUACUGUCAAGCUGUAAACACAUACAGUUUGACCCAUACGUUCGAUAAAUCAACGUAUGCACCAAACCGAACGCACUGCAACUGCCUCUGCAACGCAAUGCUGCAAGGCAAACGCAGCGUUUCAUUGGAAAUGAAUGUAAUUCUGUUGUACCAAAAUGCAACGACACUGUCAGUGUGAUCGAAGCUAAGACCUAAUAAGUGCAUGAGGACUGUACUGGCUGUAAGCAUAUCAAUUGGACUUUAUAUGAAGCAAGAAAUAGCGCCGCGGAUGUCAGAUGAUGAAUAAUAACAACUGCCUUUAAAACGUGCCCUCUUUGUUUCCUUUCUAAAAAGCUGAAUGUAUCGACAUAUAUACAAGUCUCAACAUAGAAAAGCUACAAUCACCAGUAUUAUUUGAGAAAAGGAAAUCAUAUAUAUUAAGAGGACCAAGAGAAGCCUAAAUAUAGGCUACUGGAAACAUAAAUGCAAUGUAAUUCGUAAGGAUAAAAGCCUUUGGAAAAACAUCUACAUAGCCUUCAUAUGCGGGCUACAUUUACAUCCAUGCAUCUUUUAACAUGAUUAAGUCAUAAGUUCUUAAUUAUGCUUACAUUGACAUUGUCCAUAUGAUCGCAACCCCUCGAAAUGUAACAUGUCUUAUUCGUCAAUGUCUAAUCUCAGACAGAAGGGAGAAAACAGACGUUGUUGCUCACGCAACGCAAAGUACAUGAGCCUUGAACACUAAACAUCCCAAAAUGGUGGAGUUGCAUUUCAUUUUUCUUUUGAAUACUUCACAGUAGAUGCGAGAACUAAUGUAAACAUCCAAUUGAAUUUCGAACACCUGCAGAGAGCGAGAGACAUGUCGCACACACAUGACCCAAUUAAGUCAUAAAUAGGAAUCAAAAUAAUAAUGGCUAACAGCUAAGUGUCUUAAAGGGUUCAUAUGUAGUUUUGAUAUUAAUACAAUGACUAAGUUAGGAUAUAUAUUUUUUUGUCCUAGGCUAUUUAAGAAGUAUUUAAGACUAUAUUUGAUGCAAAAAAAUUACACCAGUGUUUUUCACUCGUUAAAGAGUAGCCUACAAAUAAGUCCUUCGAGACCAUAAAUAUGUACACUGACAGAUUUUGUCCCUAACGGUCGGAUUUGUAUAUAAUUGUAUUAUUGCUCGUGAUUGUUGUUCUUAGUCUUAAUUACGAAGAAUGUUGUUUUGUACAUUGUAAUUUAUUUGCUGGUAUUAAUGUUGUAAAUGAUUUACAGAGACACCAAAGAAUAAUAAUAUACAUUUUGGUGAAUAAGUAGUAGCUUACUGAUGCUUUUGAUCUUGUUCUGUAAAAGAAAAAGUAUUAUUCUUUACUUGAAUAUAGGCAGUGUAAAGUAUUAUUCUUUACUUGAAUAUAGUCAGUGUAAAGUAUUAUUCUUUACUUGAAUAUAGGCAGUGUAAAGUAUUAUUCUUUACUUGAAUAUAGGCAGUGUAAAGUAUUAUUCUUUACUUGAAUAUAGGCAGUGUAAAGUAUUAUUCUUUACUUGAAUAUAGGCAGUGUAAAGUAUUAUUCUUUACUUGAAUAUAGGCAGUGUAAAGUAUUAUUCUUUACUUGAAUAUAGGCAGUGUAAAGUAUUAUUCUUUACUUGAAUAUAGGCAGUGUAAAGUAUUAUUCUUUACUUGACUAUAGUCAGUGUAAAGUAUUAUUCUUUACUUGAAUAUAGGCAGUGUAAAGUAUUAUUCUUUACUUGAAUAUAGGCAGUGUAAAGUAUUAUUCUUUACUUGAAUAUAGGCAGUGUAAAGUAUUAUUCUUUACUUGAAUAUAGGCAGUGUAAUGUGAAACGUCCCUCCUCUCGCAUGCCCUUUGCAGUGACUGUGUUUUUCUCUAUGAGGUGCGUGGUGCCGUUGGUUAUGUUGGAUAAAAAGUGAUGAAACAGC